UUGGAACUCCCAAAUCAGCCACUGGCCAGCGUCCACUUUGGUCUCUCAGAUACAGAAACCAACCUCACUCUCUCUCUCUCUCUCUCUCUCUCUCUGUCUGAACAAGAAAUGGCCGUAGCUCAAGUCUUCGCCUCUCUCCCCCUUUCCAUCAGAGAUGUGUGCGCUAUUACCUCCUUACCAGCUCCUUCACGCCUUCCCCUUUCCAACUUUGCUCGAACCAGCAGGACCGCCUUUGCAACCGGCUCUCCCCUCGUAUUACGGAGGACUUCUUGUCAAAGGAAGACUGCACGCAAAGCAACACCAUUUCCAAUAAGAUGUGAGCAAAGUACCGAGGAGAGCAGCAGUUUGGAUGUAUGGCUGGGCCGACUCGCCAUGGUUGGGUUUGCGGUGGCUAUUAGUGUUGAGAUAGCAACCGGAAGGGGACUUCUAGAGAAUUUUGGGCUCACAACACCCCUUCCUACUGUUGCAUUGGCUGUUACAGCAUUAGUGGGAGUUCUAACAGCUGUUUUCAUCUUCCAGUCGGCCUCAAAAAAGGCUUUACCUCUGCCGUUUCUUUCAAUUGAACUUUCCUGUUGUAAUGGGUCUUUUCUCAAUGACGAUAUGUUUUUGUUGCAUACUCUUGGAUACCGACUUGAUAAAGGCAUUGCAGAAGAUGAAAAAGAAGAAAGCAAUGAAAUGGGAGGAGCCGUUUCUCGAUUGGCAAAGAAGUUGUUCCCAAAGAAUCAAGUGAGGAUUGUGAUGGUGGGUCUUGAUGCUUCUGGGAAAACAACCAUUCUGUACAAGCUAAAACUGGGAGACAUUGUCACAACAGUACCCACAAUAGGUUUUAACGUGGAGACGAUAGAGUACAAGAACAUUAGCUUCACAGUCUGGGAUGUGGGAGGACAAGAUAAGAUAAGACCAUUGUGGAAGCACUACUUUCAUCACACGCAAGGACUCAUCUUUGUGGUGGAUAGCAAUGACAGAGAGAGAAUCUCAGAAGCCCGUAGUGAGCUACAUCGUAUUUUGAAUGAGAAUGCCGAACUAAGCAAUGCGGCACUACUCGUCUUUGCCAACAAAAAGGACCUUCCAAACGCCAUGUCUGUUUCAGAAAUGGCCUACAUGCUUGGCCUGCACUUACUCAGUCACCGUCGCUGGUACAUCCAACAAACUUCUGCAACUUCUGGGGAAGGACUCUAUGAAGGUCUUGACUGGCUAUCUAACAAUAUUUCUAACAAAGCAGCAUAAUUUAGGAUCUUGUAC